AUGGAAAAUCGUUUAGAAAAAAAUGUCAACAAAUUGAUCGAACGCUAUAAAAAAACCAGCCAGUAAAUAGACUAAAUAAUUUAACCAGAGUAAAUUAUUUCUCAACCAAUUACUCUCUAUUAAACAAGAUCUCGACAAAGCAGAACUAAUUUUAAUGAUGAGUAAUCUUAAAUCAUCACAUAAUAGGGAGAGUUCAUCAAGAGAAAAAAAGAAUCAUUCCAUCGAAUAGAUAAGUAGAUUAAGAGAAACCUUAAAUGCUAAAGAAUUGUAAGAAAAGGAAAAAUAAGAAAGAUUGAAAAUUUUAAGUAAAGAAUUAAAAGUACUGUUUUUAUUUUAUUUAGAUGACUCUAAAAGAUUAUAUGUAAGCAAAUAAAGAUUUGGAAGUUAAAGUUAAUCAAAGAGAUAAACAUAUCAAAUAAUUAGAAUUUGAAUUAAAAUCUAUUUAAGAUUCUUUCUCUAAAGUAGAAAAUAAUGUUAGAGAGACUAAAUUAAAGAGUGAAGGUUAAGAAAAACUUAUUGAAGAGUUAUAAUAAUAAAGUCAUGUAUCACAUCAAAAAUUAAUAUUGAAAAAAGAUAAAAUAUAAUCACUUAAAGAAUAGCUUAAACAUUUAGAAGCUUAAUUUGAUGAUUAAGGAUAAAAUUUUGGUAAAGAAUUAGAAAGAGUUUAAAAAUUAUGCGAAGAUUUUUCAUCUGAAAUGUAUAAUUUAAUAAUAGUCGUUAGCAAAAAUUAAGAAGCAUAAAAUAGCGAAUUAGAAUAAGAAAAAAUUUAAUUGUUAGAUGAGAUUCAAUAAAAAUAAGCUUAAAUUAAAUAUUUUGAUUCAUUAGUGUAGGAUUUUCGUUUUAGAGAUGAAGACAACUAAAAAUAGAUUGACUAUUUAAAUUAAGAGUUACAAUAUUAAAAAGCAUAAACUUAGUAAUAUGUAAUAAAAUUUGAAGAAUGUUAAGAAAAACUAAAAUCAGUUUCUGAAAGUACAUAAGCAGCUGUUUUUAAAUAUGAAUAAGAAUUAAAAAAAAAGAAUGAUUAAUAUUAAGACAUAAUAGAUAAAAAGAAAAAAAAGCUUAGUGAAUAAAAACUUAGAAUUGAAUAAUUACAAUAGAUAAUAUCUGAUAUAUAAAAAAAAUUAGACAACGACGAUAAAAAUAUUUAGAUAUAAGAUUAUGAGCUUAAGAAAUUAUAACAAAUUAAGAAUGAAUUUAAACAGAUUAAUGACUAACAAACAUAGAAAUUAUAUAAUAACGAAGAAAAAAUUUAAUAAUUACUUUUAGAAUUAUCAGAAUAGAAAUAAAUUAGUUCAAAUUUAUUAAGUCAAAUUAAUUAAAUGGAACUUAAAUCUAAUUCGGAUGAAAGAAUUAUUGAAUAAGUAAAGUGUAUUUUUUAUGAUUAGCUUAAAGAUGAUAUUAAAAACUUAUCUGAUUCACUUAUUUAAAUUUAAGAUUACAAUAAAAGCUUAGAAUAAGAACAUUUAGAUCAUAAAUUAUAACAUGAAAAAUAAAUGGAUGAAAUUGAGAAAAAGAUUGACAAUUUAGUUGAAGUUGCCUAAAAUGCAAAGGAAGAAUUAAAAGAAUAAAAAUAAAGAGAACAUGAUCUAAAAUUAAAAUUAAAAUUAUAAGAAUCUGAGACUGAAAAAUAAUAGCAAAAGAGUUAGAAAUACAAGUAAUAAUUGUAAAAUCUUCGAUAGACAAUAAAAAAUGUAAAAAAUGCUAUAAAUUUAGUAGGAAGAGAAAUUUAAAUAAUAUGAUUGUUAAACUUAAUAGUUUCCAAUUUAAUCUUAAAAAUAGGAAGAAUUGCAUAAUUAAUAAAAAUUAAAAGUUUUGGAAGAUAUUUAGUCAUUAAUCAAAUUACAUAGAAAAAUUUGA